AUGACAACAUUUCAUAAUACUUUCAAUUCACUAUAUUUGAUAGUCUUACUUGCACAUUUUUGUUUAUCACUUAAAUUAUUUCAGAAAUUAGUAUUUCAAAGUGGCCAGCAAGUCAGACUACGUUCUAAUCUUCCUGUAAAUACAGUUAUUAAGUUUGUUCCACAACAAGAAGCUUGGAUAAUAGAAAGAUUUGGAAAAUUCAACAAAAUUCUGGAACCAGGUUUGAAUAUUUUGCUACCAAUUAUAGACCAAAUAAAAUAUGUCCAGGUUUUAAAAGAAUUGGCAAUUGCAGUGCCUCACCAAUCAGCUAUCACAGUUGAUAAUGUAUCACUCAUGAUGGAUGCUGUUUUAUAUUUGAAGAUUGUGAAUCCAUAUAAGGCGUCAUAUGGAAUAGAAGAUCCUGAAUAUGCUAUAACUCAGUUGGCACAGACAACAAUGAGAUCAGAAAUUGGUAAAAUAACAUUAGAUGGUGUUUUCAGAGAACGAGAGUCACUUAAUACCAAUAUUGUUUUAUCAAUGAAUAAAGCUUCUCUAGAUGCCUGGGGUAUAGAUUGUAUGAGAUAUGAAAUACGUGAUGUUAAAAUACCUGACAGAGUUCAAGAUGCUAUGCAGAUGCAAGUUGAAGCUGAAAGAAAGAAGCGAGCAUCUAUUUUAGAAUCUGAAGGUAUCCGAGAAGCUGAAAUCAAUGUAGCUCAAGGUAAAAAACAAUCUAGAAUUUUAAACUCUGAAGCUAAUAAAACAGAACAGAUAAACACUGCUAUGGGUGAGGCAGAAGCUUUGAUAGUUAAAGCUAAUGGUAAAGCUAAAUCUAUAGAUAUUAUUUCAUCUUCACUAUCACAACAGAAUGGGGCAAAUGCAGUAGCUUAUAAUAUAGCAGAACAGUAUGUUAGUGCAUUUGGUAAUGUAGCUAAGGAAGGCAAUACACUUAUUUUACCUUCUAAUGCAGGGGAUGUACCCAAUAUGGUUGGUCAGGUAGGAUACCACCAAAUGAUAUAG